UGUUCUAAGACGACCAGGCUCGUUCGGACACCCGCCGCGACCACCAUGGUCUACAUACUUGGGCAGCCGCCAUCCUUGGCAAGCUCCUUGGCCAUCGUGCAGCUGUAUAUGAAAAUGGCGUGCCCAGCUGUCCGUUGCCGCGCGCACAAAUCCCCAGAGGCCUGGAGAAUUGAACGUGCUUUCGGCUAGCGGUAAGACACUAGCAACCAGUCAAAAAGCGCGCGAAGCAGAGCGCGCGCACUACGCAGGACCGACUACGCAGGACCGACCAUGUUUUACAGCCACAGCAUCCUCGCCAAGAGCGGCCCGUUCGCCCACGUCUGGCUGGCGGCGACCUGGGAGAAGAAGGUGACGCGGUCCAUGAUCUUCGGCACGGACAUCGCGACCGUCGUCGAGUCCAUCGCGAACCCGGCGGCGCCGCUGGCGCUGCGCCUGUCGGCGAACCUUUUCGUCGGCGUCGUCCGCAUCUACGCGCGCAAGGCGCGGGCCGGCGUCCGCCGCGGGCGGAUUCGGGCGCGCGGCGCGCGACCGAGGCCGCCCGCAGGUCGCCUACCUCAUGAACGACUGCAACGAGGCCAUGGUAAAGAUCCGCAUGGCGUUCCGCGGCGGCGUCGUGGACCUGCCCGCGGAGAGCGUCGUGGCGUCGAACGCGGCCAUCACGGCGCGUGCGUCCGCGUCCCGGAGAUUCGCGCGAGCGACAAAUCGCCCCCCCCUCGGCAGGUGGCGAACUUCGACGAGCUGGACCUCGACUUCGAACUCGACGCGCCGCUGGGCGGCGGCGGCCGGCCGUCGGAGCUGACGUCGGACCCGCGCGCGGACGAGUGGGCGGCCGCGGCGACGACGACGCACCGCAUCGGCCACGUGCGCGACAUCUCGCUCGCGGACGACGAGGAGGACUUCGCGGCCGCCAGCCUCGGGUCGCGGUCGGUCGCGGGCGACGACGUCGUCGGCCGCGCGCGGCGCGGCGGCCCCGGGUCCGACGUGUCGAGCAUCGAGAUCAUGCGCGGCGCCGAGGACCGCGAGUCGAAUCCCCUCAGCGUCGGCGGCCGCGACUCGGAUCGGUUCCUCGGCCGGCCCGACGACGACGACGCGGGGCUCGUGGACCUCGAGCCCGUCGGCGCGGCGGACCUCGCGGCCGUCGGCGCCGACGACGACGACGAGAUGGGGUUCGCCCCGCCGCCGCUCGACGACGACGACGGCAUGGACGCGGGGCUCCUCGGCCCCCGGGCCUCGGGCAGCCUCGGCGCCGUCGACGACCUCGCGGCGCUCGAGGCGAUGGACGAGGACGGCGCGGCGGCGGCGCAGCCCGACGAUCGCUCCGGCGAUCCCAUGGACGUCGACGCGGCGCCGCCCGCCGCGGCGCCGCGUCCGAAGCGCCGCCGGCCGCGCCGCGCGGUCGACCUCGCCGACGCGGCCGCGGCGCUCGACACCGACACGAUCAAGGGAUGGAUGCGCGACCGCUCGGCCAUCGUCGACGUCAAGCGGCCGCGCUACGAAGCGGUCGCCGCGGCGCCCGCGGACCCGCUCGCGCCCCGGCUCGCGCCCGCCGCGGCGCCCGAGCUCGCCGCCGUCGUGGCGCGCCUCCACGGCGGCGACGGCGCCUCCGCGCGCGCGGCGCUGCCGGUCAACCGCCGCGGCGCUGAGGCCGCGCCGGCGCCGGCGCCGGCGCGCUUCUCGGCGCGCUUCGACGACGACGUCGAGGUCGCGCGCGGCGGCGGCGAGGGCGAGGGCGAGGGCGAGGGCGAGGGCGCGUCGCUCGGUGCCGCGCCGUUCGCCGGCUACGACGACGACGGCGCGGCGCCCCCGCCGUUCGCGCCGCCGCCGGACGACGACGACGACGCGUUCGCGGGCCUCGCGCCGCCGCCUCUCGUCGACGACGACGACGACGAAGACGCGUUGCUCGCCCCGCCGCCGGGCGCCGCAUCCUUCGACGCGGGCGGGGUCGACGACCUCCACGCCGUCGAGCCCGACGCCGACGAGGCCGCGUCCGGCAUCGUCCCGUCGACCGACGACCGCGAGUGGCACCCCAACACCGUCAAGGUCGCGACGCUCCUCCGCGACCAUCUCGCCGACCGCGACGCCCUCUCGUUCGGCGCCUUCACGCGGGGCGCCGACAAGCGGUCCGCCGCCUCGGCCUUCGUCGAGCUCCUCCACCUCAAGACCUGGGACUUCGUCGCCCUCGACCAGCCGCACGCCUACGGCGACAUUUCCAUCGCCAAGGCCGCCUGCUUCCACGACGAGGUCCCCGCCGCCGCCUAGGCGGCCUGCCGCCGCGACGCGUCCUCGAGAAGCGAGCCGUCCGGCGGAGUACGAAGAAAGAAGAAGAACGAGCGCACCAGGCCCCUAAAAGCAGUACUAGUGUCCUCCCUUUGUCGCCGACUGUCGAGUAUAGACCACGACUCCUCCGCGCCGAGAAAUCAGGGUAAACCGAAUUUACGGCGCAAAGACGGGGCCGGCACCCCAAUUGGUGAGAUUUUCAAUUGAUAGCCCGAAGUAGGCGUCUUCGCCCGUUGGGGUCCCAGGG